UCAAAGCGAGCACGAUGGCCUACAACACACCAAGUCGGCACGAAAAGAGCUUAGGAUUACUUACCACCAAGUUCGUUAACCUUUUGCAAGAGGCCAAGGAUGGUGUCCUCGACUUAAAAGUCGCAGCUGACACACUGGCCGUAAGGCAGAAGAGAAGAAUCUAUGAUAUUACAAAUGUGCUAGAGGGUAUUGGGCUGAUCGAGAAGAAGUCAAAAAACAGUAUACAAUGGAAGGGAGCUGGCCCAGGAUGCAAUACAAGAGAAAUAUCUGAUAAACUGGGUGUUCUCAAAGAGGAAAUAGAAGACCUGGAGCUGCAGGAACAGAAGUUGGACCAGCAUAAGAUGAGAGUACAACAGAGCAUCAAAAACAUAACAGAUGAAGUCACAAAUCAUCAACUAGCAUAUGUAACCCAUGAAGAUAUCUGUCACUGUUUUAAGGGAGACACAUUGCUGGCUAUUCAGGCCCCGUCAGGAACACAGCUGGAGGUGCCCAUACCAGAGGUGGGACCUGGUUUAAAGAAGAGCUACCAGAUUCACCUUAAGAGCCAGUCCGGGCCUAUUUAUGUGUUGCUUGUGAAUAAAGACACGGAGGAGACGAGUCCUGUGGUGGUCCAGGUACCACCCCCCAAGGAUGAAAUGGCCGAGAUUGAGAAACACAGUCAGGACGCUGGCGGCAGAGGCAGCAAAGGGGUGGGCAAGAAAUCACCUAUGAAAAGGCCUGACAGUGAAAAUGUGUCCCCAGUCACGAGGAUGGCCACUCGUUCAUCUCCCAGAAAAACAGCCCAGUCAGCUGUAGAUCAAGUCCUACCCGCUCAGCAGUCUACCUCAGUGGAACUGCCCACAGAUAUUCUGUUUGACCCCACGCGAACAGACUUGGGUGUGGAUGGUGAACUGAUUGAUGAGCUGAUGUCUUCAGAAGCAUUCGCCCCUCUUCUGCGAUUGAGCCCGCCCCCUAGUGACAGAGAUUACUAUUUCAACCUGGAUGACAGCGAGGGUGUGUGCGACCUGUUUGACGUGCCACUGUUGUCAAUCUGAGUGCUCUCCGUUGAUGGCUUAUUGAGCUGGCCUCCAUCUUGACUGCUGAGGUGUGAUCAUGUGACAGUCAGCUAACCACAGCGUAAACCCUGUUGUAGAAUGGUGCUAUAAAGUUGUGUAUAUAUCACCUGUUAUGUUCUUUGCCUCGUACCUUCACUCCUAUUACAUGCUCACUUCGGGUUUUACCUCCUUGUUGUAUCAUUCACAGCUCCAGUUUUUGUAAUAGCUGAUUCUAAGCCUAGUUAGGAGGUAGGAAGAGAUGGGAGCCCAUGUAGUUAUGAAGACAGGUUUACACAUUUUACCUCUUGGAGACGACUUUCACCAAGCUUUGUACACAGAUUUUCUUCUGUGAGUGAUGCCACAACGUGGAUUCCAUGAGGUGGUUACAUCAGUAAAUGUUUGUAUGGAGUUUUGAGAGGACGGCAAUGUUAGUGAUGUACAGAACAGUUUUACAGCCGCUAAUACUAUUUACAUGUGUGACGGGUGCUUCCUUUUGAAUUAGCUACUGGAUCAUGCCAUGGACUUUGGAUCCUCAGAUAAUCUGACCAACUGUAGGAUUUUCAAAUUUCAUGCUCAGAUGGCAGACUUUUUCUUCUGCAUUGCCUAGCAACUGUGAUUAAU